AUGUUCACAAGACAGCCGUCUCACCACGUUUCUGAACUCCUUUCCGAUAUCGGCUACAUGGUCUACAGAGCUCGGAUCGAAUCCAAAGAAAACCUGUGCAAACACGUGCGAAGCAAGGUUAUUGACGAAAAUCGCCUUUCGACGUUCCAACAUUUUAGUGGGUCCCCGAGGAAUAUCCGGCCAGCCUGACGAGAAUGUACGCUUGGACGCCUGACGAAUGCAUUCCUGAGCUAUAUGAAGACCCGAAAAUAAUUGGUAUCAAUUUAAUUUUUCAAGUAGGUUGGACACCACACCUCUUCAAAUUUCCAUUAUUAGACUGAUGCAAUAUUACUCUGAAGACUGCUUAAAUGUCAACUUUCUAUUUUUGAAGUUCCCUGAAGAAAAAUUUUCAAGACAAGCAGAAAAGUUGCAGUGUCAAAGCAUCAUGACAUGCCGGAUCUACAACUUCCACCAUUCGUUGAUUCCCCUGAAGAGUUCAUAACAUGGCACCGGAACGCAUUGGAAAACGAGGAAGUCUCGAGCCAACUGCACAGGUGGAUAGACAUAGUUUUCGGAUACCAGGUAGAGUUUGACUGGAACUUCCAAGAGUAGAGUUUUUUUUUCAGUUGUCCGGGGAAGAUGCCGUCAAAGCCCUCAACGUUCAUCUUUGCUUCGUGGACCGCAGCCGCAGAAAGCUUCGGACCAACGGAAUGGUCAAACUCUUCGCGAGACCGCAUCCUGUGCGCCGCUCCGUUAA